CCACACCCAGCUGUUUCUGCUCUCGCUGGAGCUAAUGGCGUAACAAUGUUUACGACUGAUAUAUGUGUGUGUGUGAUAUGAACACACACCCUGCGCUCACUUACGUAAGAUUAGUGCUAGCUAGACGGACUCAGCGGGAGCCAGAUGUAUAGCAAGUCUAUAAUAAGAACACGCAGAGAAACAUUCGUAUGAGCCAUUACACAUGGACUGGAUCACACAUGUUCUUCAUUACAAUGCCAGAAUUCUUAUUAUAUAAUUGUGCAUUAUAUCAUUAAAGUGACAGCAUUUUAGAAAAAUGUAAUCUUAUUUAAUCUGUUCAUAUCAUUCAUAUCCCCAGGAAGAAUAUGACACAUUUUUGUCACACUUAGAUAUGGUCAUUUUCAUGUCAUAAAUUCUUAAAAUGUUUGGGAAUGACAUAUAGUAAGGCAUUUGUGAAAAUGUUAUAGCUACAUAGUGGGAAAGUGGCGGUGUGUUUGGACAAUUAAUACACUGCAGUCCUGUCCAGGAAGAGAGUCUACACAGACUGGUGUGACAUAGUCAAUCAGAGCCACAGUAGGCCUAUAUGCAAAUAAACCAUUUGCAAUAUGAUCUGCCAUCAUUCACAUUGAACUGGAUUGUGUGUUUACAGGCAGUAGCAACAGCGUGACUUUAGAUCAUUAGAAAGCAUUCGCCAAAAGCCACAAAAUACACCUGAAUGGAUUUCUGCAAAUAUGUAAAUUCCACGGGAGUCCUCUUACAUUUGGGAACUUCACAAACCUGUUGAUCAAACAACCAUGAAAAGCUGGUCUCUGUCUGGCUCGGAGCAGUUUGCCCUGCGUUAUGCUGACGGUCCUCAGCUCUACAUUACUGAGCAGAGCCGUAGUGAAAUCAAGAAUGGAACCAUCCUUCGAUUAGCCAUAUCUUCUGCCCGUGCAGCGCGGCAGCUCCUCGACAGGAUCCAGUCGCACGGCAUAGACUCCCGCCUGGAGGCCCUGAAGGAGCUGGCCAAGCUGUCAGCUGACCCCACCUUCGCCACGGAGUUCAUCAGCAUGGAGGGCAUUGGGACCUUGGCGCGCCUGGUGGAGAGUGGCACCCACUUUGGGGAGAUGCUGGCCUUCACUCUCACAGCCUUCCUGGAGCUGAUGGACCAUGGCAUUGUGUCCUGGGACCUUAUCUCUCUGUCCUUCAUCAAACAGAUUGCGGGCUACGUGAACCAGCCGAUGGUGGACGUAUCCAUCCUGCAGCGCUCACUGGCCAUCCUGGAAAGCAUGGUCCUCAACAGCCACAGCCUCUACCACCGGGUGGCGCAGGAGAUCACCGUUGGACAGCUCAUCGGGCAUCUGCAAGUGUCCAAUCAGGAGAUCCAGACAUACGCCAUCGCACUAAUCAACGCCCUCUUCCUCAAGGCACCAGAGGACAGGCGGCAGGAGGAGCAUACUAACCCCCUGGACCAGCGGCUCACAGAGAUGGCGAGCACCCUGGCACAGAAACACCUACGAUCCAUCAUCCUCAAUCAUGUUAUCCGAGGCAACCGACCUAUCAAAGCUGAGAUGGCACACCAGCUGUACGUGCUGCAGGUGCUUACCUUUAACCUUUUGGAAGAACGGAUGAUGACCAAGAUGGAUCCCAGUGACCAGGCCCAGAGGGACAUUAUUUUUGAGCUGCGCAGGAUUGCAUUUGAUGGGGAGAAUGACCCUAGUGGCACAGAGAAGAGAAAGGCCAUGUACACCAAGGACUACAAGAUGCUGGGCUUCACUAACCAUGUGAACCCUGCCAUGGACUUUACUCAGACCCCUCCAGGAAUGCUGGCCCUGGACAACAUGCUCUACCUGGCCAAGCUGCACCAGGACACCUACAUCAGGAUUGUUCUAGAGAACAGCAGCCGCGAGGACAAACACGAGUGUCCCUUCGGACGCUGUGCCAUCGAGCUCACCCGAAUGCUGUGUGAGAUACUACAAGUGGGAGAAUUGCCCAAUGAGGGCUGCAACGACUACCACCCCAUGUUCUUUACUCACGACCGGGCGUGGGAGGAGUUCUUCUGCGUCUGCAUCCAACUGCUCAACAAGACCUGGAAGGAGAUGAGGGCCACGGCUGAAGACUUCAACAAGGUGAUGCAGGUGGUUCGGGAGCAGAUCACCCGGACUCUGGCUAUGAAGCCCUCGUCCCUGGACCAGCUAAAAGGGAAACUACGAGGCCUCAGCUACUCUGAGAUCCUGCGUCUGCGCCAGUCAGAGAGGAUGAGCCAGGACGACUUUCAGUCACCACCCAUCAUUGAACUGCGUGAGAGGAUCCAGCCAGAGAUACUGGAGCUGAUUAAGCAACAGCGACUGAACCGCCUGUGUGAGGGAAGCUGCUUCCGCAAGCUUGGCAACCGCCGCAGACAAGAGAAGUUCUGGUUUUGCCGCCUGUCUCUGAACCACAAGGUGCUUCACUAUGGAGAUCUGGACGAGUCUCCCCAGGGGGAAGUACCUUUUGAGCUGCUCACCGACAAGAUCCCCGUGUCUGAUAUCAAGUCAGUGGUGACGGGGAAGGACUGUCCCCACAUGAAAGAGAAGAGUGCACUGAAACAAAAUAAGGAGGUAUUGGAGCAGGCCUUCUCCAUCCUGUACGAUCCUGAUGAAAACCUCAACUUUGUGGCUCCCAACAAAUACGAGUACUGUAUCUGGACUGAUGGGCUGUGUGCGUUGUUGGGGCGAGAGAUGGGCAGUGACCUCACACGUAGCGACCUGGACACGCUCAUCUCCAUGGAGAUGAAGCUCCGCCUCCUGGACCUGGAGAACAUCACCAUACCCGAAGCCCCUCCCCCCGUGCCAAAGGAGCCUAGCACUUACAACUUCACCUACAACUACGGCUGAGACGUGUGUGGGUGGAAGGCCUGUUUGUGUUUACAUAUGUAUGAGUGAGAGAAAGACUAGUGUGUGUAUGGGUGGGCAUAAUUGCGAGUGUGUGUGUUUUAUGUAUAGUAAGACCAGGAAUCCACACACAUCCCCUAACUACUACAUCUUGAACUCAACUUCACUUGUCUAAUGCUCUGAAAUCCAACUGCCCACAAAUAAUCCAGGCAGGGUACUACCAAUAAGUGUACCAUCGUAUUUAAAUCACUAUUAUGAUAUGAGCUUGAUACAAACCUUAACGUUUUGUAACACAUAAUUAACACAAUUUCAUGGCCUUAUCAGCUGUAUGUGUGAAAACAAGCUCUGUGUUUUUUGAACAGUUACAGCUGAGCCCUACUAUUGCUUCAUGCAUAACAACAGAACCAUAUCUGGUUGAAUGAGACCUGGGUUCAAAUACUAUUCCAAAUAUCUCAAUUACUUUCACAUGCAUUUCAAAGUAAAUAUUCAGAUCUUUUUUAUUUGAAUAGACAAGUAGUUGAAUAUUGGAAUCUAUUUGGAAAUACACUUGGAACGUAUUGGCAUGUAUUUGACGAAUCUCAAAUGCACUGACUUAAAUACACUCCCAUGCAUUUAACCCAGGUAUUUGAAAUAAGUACUUGAAAAUACUCUCAAAUAGUAGACUUCCAAAAGAAGUAGUUGAUUCAGGCCACAUUAUUUGAAAAUACUCAAACACAAGUAUAUAAAUUGCAAAUAAUCAUGCAUUUGAACCCAGGUGUGGUUUGAACUGAUACUUCAUGGGCCAAGGUGUUGUUUUCAAGUCACUCUCCAUGUCCUCAUCUAAUUCAGUACUAAUCUAUAUUAUUGAUGUUUGUUAUGCAGAAUAUAAUUAUAUUUUUGUAAAUGAUUGUGAAUUCAGUCUCAGCAGUGAAGAGAAGGAACACUAACUUUCUAGCAACCUACUAAUUUCACUUCAGAGACGUGGUUAUUGAGAAAGACUAAUAAGCUAGGUAUCAAACUGUCUGUUCUCUGCAACAGAGCUCUCAGAUCAAGCAGUAAGCCAUUUGUAGGCUUGUCACGUUUUUCUUCUAUAAUUGUUCUACUUUGUAUAGUCCCAGUUGCCAAAUAGCGAUCUGUAUGUGGAGAUGUUUUACACUAAACAAAUGGAGCUUUCACCAUGCAGCACUCUGAAGUCAUCCAUCAUAUUCUCUGGCAUUAGUAGGUCAGGAGAUUGCCAAAAUGUCUCUAACAUGAAUCCUCAAUGAUCAAGAUGUUCAAUAUCGGAUAUGUUUUUGUUUUAUCUUACACAGCUAAUGAAAGUAACAAGAAAUGUGCUCAGUAUAUGCUAUUUGAGUUUGGUUGCGCUGUAUGUAAAUUAAUAGGAUUUAGUGGUCUUGUAUUGGAAGUUAUUUCAACAAGUGUUUCUGUUCUGAGUCGUCCUUUGGAAAAGGGUUCUGGGUCUUGAUACUUGAUGUCCCAUUGUUCAUAGUACACAAUCGGAAAGGGAUGUUAUGUAAGAGACAUCACUUUCAAAAGCUUGUAGCUGCUUAGAGAAUUCUACAAAAUUCCACAUUGAACCAAGUAGGGUUUCUAAUGGACACCAACAAUAAGGAGACUAUUGAAGAGGCUUCAGCAUCUGGUACUCUUUUACAUGACUUGCUGAACCAUGACUGUGUUCAGGCUAGUGCUGGUACUGAAUGACAUGUUUGUCACGAAUUAACUUUAAAUGUAAAUAUGGUAUUCAUAUACACUGCUCAAAAAAAUAAAGGGAACACUUAAACAACACAAUGUAUCUCCAAGUCAAUCACGCUUCUGUGAAAUCAAACUGUCCACUUAGGAAGCAAAACUGAUUGACAAUAAAUUUCGCAUGCUGUUGUGCAAAUGGAAUAGACAAAAGGUGGAAAUUAUAGGCAAUUAGCAAGACACCCCCAAAUAAAGGAGUGGUUCUGCAGGUGGUGACCACAGACCACUUCUCAGUUCCUAUGCUUCCUGGCUGAUACUUUGGUCACUUUUGAAUGCUGGCGGCGCUUUCACUCUAGUGGUAGCAUGAGACGGAGUCUACAACCCACACAAGUGGCUCAGGUAGUGCAGCUCAUCCAGGAUGGCACAUCAAUGCGAGCUGUGGCAAGAAGGUUUACUGUGUCUGUCAGCGUAGUGUCGAGAGCAUGGAGGCGCUACCAGGAGACAGGCCAGUACAUCAGGAGACGUGGAGGAGGCCGUAGGAGGGCAACAACCCAGCAGCAGGACCGCUACCUCCGCCUUUGUGCAAGGAGGAGUAGGAGGAGCACUGCCAGAGCCCUGCAAAAUGACCUCCAGCAGGCCACAAAUGUGCAUGUGUCUGCUCAAACAGUCAGAAACAGACAUGAGGGUGGUAUGAGGGCCCGACGUCCACAGGUGGGGGUUGUGCUUACAGGCCAACACCGUGCAGGACGUUUGGCAUUUGCCAGAGAACACCAAGGUUGGCAAAUUCGCCACUGGCGCCCUGUGCUCUUCACAGAUGAAAGCAGGUUCACACCUAGCACAUGUGACAGACGUGACAGAGUCUGGAGACGCCGUGGAGAACGUUCUGCUGCCUGCAACAGACUCCAGCAUGACCGGUUUGGCGGUAGGUCAGUCAUGGUGUGGGGUGGGGUGGCAUUUCUUUGGGGGGCCGCACAGCCCUCCAUGUGCUCGCCAGAGGUAGCCUGACUGCCAUUAGGUACCGAGAUGAGAUCCUCAGACCUCUUGUGAGACCAUAUGCUGGUGCGGUUGGCCCUGGGUUCCUCCUAAUGCAAGACAAUGCUAGACCUCAUGUGGCUGGAGUGUGUCAGCAGUUCCUGCAAGAGGAAGGCAUUGAUGCUAUGGACUGGCCCGCCCGUUCCACAGACGUGAAUCCAAUUGAGCACAUCUGGGACAUCAUGUCUCGCUCCAUCCACCAACGCCACGUUGCACCACAGACUGUCCAGGAGUUGACGGAUGCUUUAGUCCAGGUCUGGGAGGAGAUCCCUCAGGAGACCAUCCGCCACCUCAUCAGGAGCAUGCCUAGGCGUUGUAGGGAGGUCAUACAGGCACGUGGAGGCCACACACACUACUGAGCCUCAUUUUGACUUGUUUUAAGGACAUUACAUCAAAGUUGGAUCAGCCUGUAGUGUGGUUUUCCACUUUAAUUUUGAGUGUGACUCCAAAUCCAGACCCCCAUGGGUUGAUAAAUUUGAUUUCCAUUGAUAAUUUUUGUGUGAUUUUGUUGUCAGCACAUUCAACUAUGUAAAGAAAAAAGUAUUUAAUUUGUAUUUCAUUCAUUCAGAUCUAGGAUGUGUUAUUUUAGUGUUCCCUUUAUUUAUUUGAGCAGUGUAUAAAUCAUUGUCUGUAUAUAUUGUGUUGCCUUAUUAAAAAAAAAUGUUUUGUGUGAAUAAAUACAAAGCUAAACUGG